UUCGUUGCUAGGAUACAGUUGUAACAACUCAAAAUCUGAAACUAAGCUUAUUUUUAUAGCUUGUGAACAGAACUUUGCUGGACUUAAACAUAAAUCUGAGCUAUAUCUUUCUUUACGUAGUACUCUUUUGUAAAUAUGCUAAUGUAUCGUUGCUUGGAAUGUGUUCUAACUUAAGCAUAUUAUUAUUAAUAUUAAAUCUUAGACCUUGGCAACUUUCCUUUGCAGCAUAAGCCAUAACGAUAUAUUCUUUAGUUUAGGCUACCUAAAUGUUAUUGUUAAGCGUAAAACUAAGAGCAUUAUCAUCAGUGGUAAACAUUUAGUUCAAAAUUAGAAUAAACGUGUAAUUCAAGCUUUUUUGCCACAAAUCGGGAAGGUUAACGUAUUUCUAAGAUAUUGGCGUGCAAUAAGUAUGUUCUACGAAAAACAAACGGACCACCAUUCACCAGCAGAAUGGGCAGCUAACAAUGAUUCUAUAGCAUUGGCAACAAAACAAGUAACUUCAUCAUCACAUAAUCUCAGAAAACAAAGUCAGUACCUGCAAAAUGAAUCUAAAAACAGAAUUUCAUGGAAAAACCAGGAAACAAAUCUAGCUCUGUCAGAACGUGUGCUGGACAUCAAACUAUGGCAUAAAACAUUAGAAGAUACCUUGAGAAGUAUAGAAGAAGAAAUGUCUGCUUUGUUGGAAACUAAAACUGCUUUAGAAAAUGCUUUAAUGAAGAAGGUUCCUCUUUUGGAAGCAACAAAGAUGUGUUUGAUGUUGAAAGACAGGAGGACUGAUGUUGAUAUAGUGGAAGAUGACCAGUAUCACCAAAUGAAAAAGGUUUAUUAU